UGUAGUAAGAAUUUUAACCCUUUCCUCACUCCUUUUAAGAUCUGCCGUCAGAGGAGUUGUCUGAUGACUAUGAUGAUGAACUGGAGCAAUUCAAAAAGAUCUGUUUUGCAGCACCUGCUGUGAACCGCAAGAGAAUCGCUGUCUCGCUUGACAUGAACGAUCUCAUGGCCAAAAUGAAAUAGACAUUACAUCAUCAUUACAUCAUUCUUGUACAAAAAAACAGUGACACACACAAUGUCUCCAACUGUUUUGAGAGUUGAAAUGUUGUGUAUUAUGAGAUAAUGGACACAAAAAGUGCAUGAAACUAUACAACAACACAUUCUUCAACUAUCAUCUCCACCCACUAUGAUGAUCUUGUCAGGUGAUGUACUGGCUACUAAACACCACUCCUACCACUAGUCAUAGAGCCAAUCUCCACCCACUGUCCAUCCACUAGCUGGUGAAUGGAGUUGACUGGUGACACACCUCGCCCGCCACCAAUGAGUACUAGCUGUCCACAGAGAGUGGCAGCUGUUGAGCAUGUCACUGGUAGAGGAAGGAGAGGUUUCCAGGACAGGGUGAGAGGCGAUGUGAUUGGUUGAUCACUGGAUGGUAGGGCUCCAAGAGAACAGGAGUAGCCAUUAGCAUCACGUCCUAUCACAUUCAACUGAUCGCCACAUAUUGUGGCUGAAGGG